CCACAUAAGCUGCGUCAUUUCCUGUGUAGGGACGCGUUGGAGCAAGCCGUUCAGUCGAUCACCUCCGACAGCUAGACGACGAAGACAGUCGAUCUCCGUGCCGUUUUACUUUGUUUCUUUGCGCACUUAUGCAACGAAUCACUUUCCGACCUGUUUGAUUUUUGUCUGUGGAUUACACCCGGCGCACUUUCCAAAGGACUGAAGCGCGUUUCAACUUUCAGAUUUUUGAGCGUGCCAAAGGAAAAGAACUUUGCGUUUUAGUUUGGGUGCCAUAACCUCCAAAUAUGGGACGAGUGGAUUAGAACGAAACGCUGAAUCGGUGCUCUACUUUAAAAACUAAUCAACAGGAACGCAAUGUGAUUAUGGUGGUUGUAAAGCUUUGGAUUUCUGGGCAAAGAUCCUAAACUCCCUCAUAAGGGAUUCACUGUUGAUGACAGAGAUAUUGGAGAAGACGCACUGGCCACUUGACUCUUUUUCGCGAGCACAAGACGCACCGAGCGCGCAAGCUUUCUGUCGGUGUUAUUUGGAAGGUGCACUUUCCUGUCUAAAAUCGGACUUUUUAUUUACGUUUUUUUUUACGUUCUCUCUUAAGUUCUGGCUCUCACAGUUGUCGGUUUUUCCAGCUAAAUUCUGCAUUUCAUAUUUCUGUAAAUUUAAAAUUCUAUGAUGAUGGGAUGGGGUUUUAAUGACUGUAUUAUUAAAUUCAUAAUCGUAUGUUAUUAAAUCAUGUAGUGUUCAUAUUCCAUUCCUAUCUUAAGCUAUUCCAUCUGUUUGUCACUGUAAACUAUUGAUGUAAUACUUAUAAUAUACCUGGUACCACCGAAUGUUGAUUUAAGUAAAAUUCAUGCAUACAGUUUCAUAACAGUGACAGUCACAGUGUUAUCCAUCCAGGUACACAUGACGUUAAAUGAAUGCAGCAGACAUUAACUACACAACGUAAAACUGUUCUGUAGCAUUUGAAAUUGAAAUGAUUACAUUUUAUUUUAUUUAUUAUUAUUAUUUUUAGUGUGCCUGAAGUGUUUAUUUCAAUUCCAAACUUAUUUAUUUUUUUGUUUAAGGAUACUAGCCUAAUUAGAUGUAUGUGUUUGGUUUUGUAGGUCCUCUGUGACCCGUUUGGUGUAAUAUUAAUUAUGACAGUGAACAUCAAGGCAUCACAGUGCCAUGCGCCACUCCGCAGACUCCUGUAGACUCGGUUCCGGUGCUACUGCAAUGCCCGCCGGACCCCUCCGCUUCCGCGUGGUUCUGUGAUCCAGGCAAAGGGCGCGAGGAUGAGCACAGACCUGGAGCGCCUGUCGCUUAACUCUUCCUCGGGAAACUCUCUGGCGUCUAGCGCGCAUUCCCUUUCCGCCAAUGUGAAGAAGCUUCACAACGCGCUCAACCUGCUGCUCAGCGACCUCGAGAGAGAGCAGUUCAUCCACUGCCUCAACGUGUACCACUCCAAGCGCAAUGUGUACGAUCUGGUCCAGACGCUUAAAGUCAUACUGAACGUCCCGAGCAAGCGUCAGCUCCUGCCCAUGCUGCGGCUGGUUAUCCCGCGCUCGGAUCAGCUUCUGUUCGAUCAGUACACAUCAGAGGGGCUGUACUUGAAAUCCGACGUUCUUGCGCGCAAUGGUGACCCAGACGGCUCCCACGAGGCUGCUAAUUCGAGUCCAACACACGGGGCUCACUUCUCGGCUCCUUCCGCGUCUCAAACCGCUCUGCGCGGGUCUCCUGAUAACAUCAGCAUCAGCAGCGAUGGGACAGCGACUCUUAUUCCUUUACUGGGAAGAAAUUUCUUACCGGGGCCGCCAGGCGAGAUCCGACAGGUGACCCUCAAGCGUCACAAGAGCAACGAGGGUUUGGGAUUUAGUAUCCGCGGAGGAUCCGAGCAUGGAGUUGGGAUCUAUGUGUCACUGGUGGAACCGGGAUCACUGGCUGAAAAGGAGGGUUUGAGAAUAGGAGAUCAGAUAAUGAAAGUUAAUGACAAAGUGUUCGACCGGGUCACGCACGCAGAGGCAGUUAAGGUGCUGAAGGGCAGCAAAAAGCUCUCCAUGUCAGUGCGUUCUGUGGGACGUAUCCCGGGCGGUUAUGUCACAAAUCAUGUCUACACCUGGGUGGAUCCACAGGGGCGCAGCGUGACCCCACCCCCUGACCUGCUGACGGAGCAUCGAAGCGCCACCCUGCGCAGGACCAACAGUCAGGGCAGAAGCCACAUGCAGCUUCUGCAGGACGGCGAUGAGAAGAAGGUAAACUUGGUUCUGGAUGACGGCCGUUCUCUGGGUCUCAUGAUCCGCGGAGGGGCUGAAUACUCUUUAGGUAUCUACAUCACAGGUGUGGACAGAGGGUCUGCAGCAGAGUGUGGAGGACUGAAGCCACUGUUUCUGAUUGCUGUCCGGAUAUUGGAGCCUUUUGGGGGAAACAAGCAGCCAAGCUGUCUUCUCUUCCAUCGUCUUCUUCCUCCUGGUGGCUUUUAUAAAGGUGUGGCAGGAUCUCAGGUGACUCUGUCCAGUUUGGUGAACCAGAGCAGGGCCAUGCUGGAGGAGCAGGCCAGACAUCUGCUGACUGAACCGGAGAGGCAGACUAUGGGUUACUACAUCCAAGAGUACCGUGAUGGUCACAUCGGUGUUGAGCAGCUGGUCAUGGCCCUCCUUGAGCUGUUCAAUACACAUGCCAAGUUCUCUCUGCUGUCAGAGGUGAGGGGGCUCGUGCUCCCUCAGGAUGUGGAGAGAUUUGACGGCCUGGUUCUGAGACGAGAGAUCGAGGCCCUGAAGGCGAGGCAAGGUGGCGGAGCUGGGUUUCAAGACUCUUUCUCCAUGGUUUCUUACCCUGACACACUGGCCUCCUCCUCAGCCAGCUUCAUGACCAACACCACCCUCAGCUCUGCACGGAACGAUGGUGCCACAGAGAACAACGGGGAACAGUCUCUGGAGCGUAGCAAUGCCCUGCCAGACAUCUCUCUGGAUGAGAUUCAUUCCACCUCAGAUUCCCCUCCUACCUUUAAACCUCCUCCUCCCCCAGGGCUUCAGCGCCGACCCAGUCGAAAAGCCACGCUUAGCAAACGUCCCUCUUCUAGCUCCUCCCAAUCGGGUUUGUACUUCACCGCCCCUUCUCGUUCCCAGAGCAAAGAACCCAAACACCCAAAAGCACCCAAACCUCACACAUCUCCUCUUGACACCCUCAAGAUAGAUGUCCCAGCACCUCAACUCGCAGUCGUGAGCCAGCAUACUAUCGGACCGUUCCCCCGGGUCCAGUCUCCUAGUAAGGUGAAACCUGCUGUCCAAUCCUCAUCUCCGAUUCCUCCACCCGCCCCUAAUGUACCUGCGCCACCUGGGCCGCCGCCUCCUCCUCCGCCCCCCUGCCCAGAUAAGCCCGCUCCUUCUUCCCCAGCAUCCAAUCAGCACUUUGUCAUGGUGGAGGUGCACAGACCCAAUGCAGAGCCUGAUGUGAACGAGGUGCGGCCGCUGCCACAAGUGCGAGGAGGGACAUUAUCCCAGCUGUCAGACAGCGGACAGACCCUCAGCGAGGACAGCGGUGUGGACAUUGCCGAAUCUGGACGUCUCAGUAAGGAAAGCAGCCCACGUCCCAGCCGCACCAGAAUCCCUCGGGAUGGGCACGGAGGAGGAGAAACAUCUGCCAAACCGCCGGGUCUGUUGGAGCCUACAUCCACUCUAGUGAGAGUGGCAAAAAGCACCAGUACUCUGGGCAUCGCAAUAGAAGGUGGGGCAAACACACGUCAGCCCCUCCCACGCAUCGUUACCAUACAGAGAGGUGGUUCGGCUAGUAACUGUGGACAGCUGAAGGUGGGUCAGGUGAUCCUCGAAGUAAACGGAGUGUCUCUCAGAGGAAAGGAACAUCGGGAAGCCGCACGUCUCAUCGCAGAGGCCUUUAAAACCAAAGAGAAGGACUACAUUGACUUCUUGAUCACAGAGUUCAAUGUUGCUCUAUAAGACCGUACGAGUCCCAUGAUGCUGACGGAGUAAACUGGGAUGCACCGCGACCGUGAUGUCUUGCCAUGAUUAACCCCCAGAAUCCUGUUACAUGCUAGACUUCAGCUCAUCCUCCUCUGUGGUGUUUUGAAACCAGUCACUGUUUGAAAGGCCAUCCUGU